GGGAGUGCCGCGGAUUGGUCGCGGUUGCGAGCUCGCUGGUGUGGAGCGAGCCGGGUCCCCGAGCCGGCGGCCUGAGGGAUGGACGAGACGAGCCCGCUAGUGUCCCCCGAGCGGGCCCAACCCCCAGAGUACACUUUCCCGUCGGGCUCGGGAGCUCACUUUCCGCAGGUACCGGGGGGCGCGGUCCGCGUGGCGGCGGCCGGCUGUAUCCCGUCACCGCCGUGCUCGCCCGGCCACGACCGGGAGCGGCAGCCUCUGCUGGACCGGGCCCGGGGCGCGGCGGCGCAGGGCCAGAACCACACGGUGGCGGCGCAGGCCCAGGCCCUGGCCGCUCAGGCGGCCGCGGCGGCGCACGCUGUUCAGACCCACCGCGAGCGGAACGACUUCCCGGACGACCCCGAGUUCGAGGUGGUGGUACGGCAGGCCGAGGUGGCCAUCGAGUGCUGCAUCUAUCCCGAGCGUAUCUACCAGGGCUCCAGCGGCAGCUACUUCGUCAAGGACUCUCAGGGGAAGAUUGUUGCUGUCUUCAAACCCAAGAAUGAAGAGCCAUACGGGCACCUUAAUCCUAAAUGGACCAAGUGGCUACAGAAGCUGUGCUGUCCAUGCUGCUUUGGCCGUGACUGCCUUGUCCUCAACCAGGGCUAUCUCUCAGAGGCAGGGGCUAGCUUGGUGGACCAAAAACUGGAACUCAACAUUGUUCCCCGUACAAAGGUAGUAUACCUGGCCAGUGAAACCUUCAACUACAGUGCCAUUGACCGAGUGAAGUCCAGGGGCAAGCGGCUUGCGCUAGAGAAAGUGCCAAAAGUUGGGCAGCGGUUUAACCGAAUCGGGCUACCACCAAAGGUCGGGUCAUUCCAGCUCUUUGUGGAAGGCUACAAAGAUGCAGACUAUUGGCUGCGGCGUUUUGAAGCAGAGCCUCUCCCUGAGAACACUAACCGACAGCUGCUGUUACAGUUUGAGCGGUUGGUGGUGCUGGACUACAUCAUCCGCAACACUGACCGAGGCAACGACAACUGGCUGAUUAAAUAUGACUGCCCAAUGGAUAGUUCUAGCUGUCGGGAAACAGAUUGGGUGGUGGUCAAGGAGCCUGUUAUCAAGGUGGCUGCCAUAGACAAUGGGCUAGCUUUCCCACUGAAGCAUCCUGACUCCUGGAGGGCAUAUCCUUUUUACUGGGCCUGGCUGCCCCAGGCGAAAGUCCCCUUCUCUCAGGAGAUUAAAGAUUUGAUCCUUCCAAAGAUUUCAGAUCCUAACUUCGUCAAGGACUUGGAGGAGGACCUAUAUGAACUCUUCAAGAGAGAUCCUGGUUUCGACAGGGGCCAGUUCCAUAGACAGAUCGCUGUCAUGAGGGGCCAGAUCCUAAAUUUGACCCAGGCUCUAAAAGACAAUAAGAGUCCCCUUCACCUCGUCCAGAUGCCACCUGUGAUUGUUGAGACAGCCCGUUCCCAUCAGCGAUCUGCAAGCGAAUCCUACACACAGAGCUUUCAGAGUCGGAAGCCUUUCUUUUCAUGGUGGUAGCCCUAGAGGCCGGCAGAAGAUUAAUCCUGCAGGUGACAGGCUGGGAGCAAGCCUGGAGAGAAGCUGGUACACGGCAGAGCCUUUGAGGGCCCUUCCUCUUUGCUUGACGCCUCCCUCAGGGCUUUCCCACCCACAGGGAGAAGCACAGUCAGGGACAAGAGUACUCCUGGACCCUUCAGAGUGUUGGGGAGGCUGGCAUCCAGGCAAGGUGGCAGGUGGCUGAGGAGGAGCAACUCCCUCCCAGUAUCUGGUGGCAGGUUGGGAAAGCCCCAUCUCCCUGACAGCCCUCUCCAUCCCAGUUCCCUAUUAUAUUCUGCAUCAGAAAGAAACAAACUUAAAUGCUUGUAGGAAACCAGAUUAGAUACUCGAGUCAGAAGCCCUUAAUCUAGACCUCAGUUUGCUUAGACACCCUCUGAUGCCUAGCUGUUGUUUACCCCCAUGAACUGAGCUGUGUCAGAGGCCCGUCGAGGGCCCUCAGACAGAAGCCACACCUUCCUUUCUGUUUUUGCCAAAUUGAUCCUCCCCUUGCCACACUGGUACUGGCUUCUUGUGGCAGUGAGCAGGCUUUUGCUCUGUAUCUGCCAGAGGCUCUGCACACAAUCUUUCUGUUCUCUGCCCUGCUGUUGCUUGCCUAGCACUCAGCUGAAGUGAGAGAGGGCUAGCCUUGGCAGUUCUGUUCUGCCAAGCGGAUGUGUAGCAUGUAGAGGUGAUUGACUUAGCCUAAGUGCAUGCUGGGUGCUAGGAGUGUUCCAUGGGGAGCCUGGCACAGCCUCACUCCUGGGUCCUUCCUUAGUCUCCAUCCUUUUCUACCUGGUUUCUGUUGUUUUCACUAUUUUUUCCAACUUUUAACUGAGGAGUUCAGUUUGUGUUCUGGAGUGGCUCUUGGUAGGGGUUGUGGGUCAGUCAGGUCAUGAGUGGCAGGACAUUGUCCUUGUUCUUCCUGUUAUCACUGCUGCAUGGAAAGCAACAGGACCUGUGUUCUGUCUCCUAACCAGCAGUGCCCCAGGGCACCUUGCCUUCUUGUCCUGGGCUGCUUUCUCCUCAGCUUCCCGAAGAGAGGCCUUCAAACAGUUCCCCAGUGCCUGCCCAGCUCACCGUGCAUCUUCCUGCUUCCAUGUGUCCUCUUCCUUGCCAGGUGUUUGAGCCCUUUCUACACCAAAGCAAAGAAUUGGCUUCAGGAGGGGGUCAAAAGGGGCCACCUGUGGCUGAGAGGCAGCAGAGUUCAGACCCUGUGAUGUGAACCCCUGAGGGUUCUCACAUUCUACAAUUGGUCAGGCAGCCUUGGAAAGAAAUUGUCUUGAAGGCUUGAAAAAAACCAAAGAAAGGGAAUGAGGACCACAGCUGUGUGUCUUGUCUGCCUGCCUGGCUCCCACCAUCCAGGAGCAGAGCAGAGGCACUCAGCUCUCCCAUCAGCUGGAGCAGGCUGCUCCCCAUCCGGUCCAGUCUAGGAGCCAGCUUGCUAUCGGCUUCCACUCAGCCAACAUGAAUCUCUGAGCACUGGAUAUGCAUGCCCUGUGGACCAAGGCACCAUUGUUUGCCCCAUCCUGACAAUCCCAUCCAGCCCACUUAGACUCUGGCCUCAGAACCAUGUUUGGGAGAAUUCCUGCCUCCUGAUCACAGGAGCCUGCAGGGGUCCAGGUACGUGACAUUCUUCACAGACAUCUUCACACCAGCCUGUUGGUGAGACUCCCCACUGGGGUACUGGAAACAGCCCAGGUGCCUGGAGAGAACCUGGUGCCCUACCAGGCUCUUGUGCACUGGCCUACUCCAGAUCAGCUCUGCCAUCAGGAGGAAAUUGGGUCCAAUGUAAGAGGGAGCCAGUGCCAGGCCUGAUGGGCAAGGGUGCAGGCGUCCUUCCCUGCCUCUCUCGCUUGAAGCCUGUACUCAGGUUGUCUUGAAUGUGGACUUUGGGAGUGCCAAGAGCCCAGAGUGUCAGGUACUUUGAGAACAGCGGCCCUCUGCCAGCCUUAGGCCUGUCCCCCAUGUCUAGGAGUGGAAGCUGGCUGGUGAGCGCCGCCCCGUUCUUCUAAUGCACUGUAGAAAUUGUAUGUAUUGUAUUUAAAUCAAUGCAAAUGUAUGAAUAACAAAUCCAAUUCUGA